UGUUUCUUGGGUUCAGCGACCCAUUUCUCCCUCUUGCCAGGCGCCGGCCCCCGGCCCGACCGUGUGCCGAGCUGACGAUGGCGGAGACGGUGGACUUCGCGAGCGGCGACGCGGCGGCGUGGCGCGCGGCGCUGGCCGCGUACGACCGCCGGCUCGAAGCCCUGGACAAGCCCGAUCUCGUGGCCGUGGACUCCUUCUACCGCCACGACCUCCCGGCCCUCCUGCGCGGCCGCGAUCCGGACCCCUUCAUCGCCAAGCCCGAGCUGGCGCGCCUCCUCCAGUGGAAGCUCUCCCGCGGCAAGUGGAGGCCGAGACUGAUGGAUUUCGUCAAGGGCUUGGACGACGCGGUGGUGGAGUCGGCAUCGCGCAAGGCGUUCGCGGCGCUGCCCGACCUCAGCAGGGCCAUCACCGAGCUCACCGUGCUCAAGGGCGUCGGCCCCGCCACUGCGUCCGCCGUGCUCGCCGCCUACGCGCCGGAUGUCGCGCCGUUCAUGUCCGACGAGGCGAUGGUAGCGGCCUUGGCCAAUGCAAAGGAGUACACACUGAAGCAGUACCUUGCAUUUGCUGACAAAUUGCAGGCAAAAGCAAAGGAACUAACUGUAGGAGAAGAAAGUUUCACACCCUCAGAUGUGGAGAGAGCACUAUGGAGCUCGGCAAUUGGGUCGAAGUCACCAACCAGUGGUAACGUGAAGAGCGAAUCAAAAAUGCGUGGCAAGAGGAAACGAUGAUCCACACCGAGCUACUUUACUAAGGCUAGAAGAAUUUACUGGCUGGGGGGCUUAGAUUUUUAGAUUGAAAAAAUUGUAGUUUCUGUAACCUGUGUGCUCUCAAUGAUCGAACACUUCAUUCUGUACAUGGCCUCCAGUGACCGUCACUGCAUGCGCUGGGAUGUAUUUGUUUUUCAAGAAGGCCCAUGUACCAGCUGUUUCUGAAAAUCAAUUUGCAAGCAGUCUGAUUAUUUGUUACUAA